AUGUCAGCAGCCGAGCCGUGGGACUCUCACGCCGAUGCUACGUCCGUGUGCCGCGGCUCAUCUCACCAGGGGCCGCUCAGCUUCAUUAGGCUCAAAACUAAAAGAGAAAGAUGCUGUCGUCAUGACUCGGAGCCGAGCUGUUGUGGAAUGUCCCACGCACCUACCCACACAGAGCGUCACACUGCCCCGGCACAGGAGGCAGCAGGCACUCGUGAACCCGCCUAUGUGGCUCUGGAAGGCGGCUCCAGACCAAAGUUCAGCCCUCUAGAGAGAAGGGGUGGGGCUGACCUCUCUGCUUUCUCACUAGAGGGCGGUAUUCCGUUUGUCAUACAAACCUCGGUCCUCAGUGGCCGUGCUGAGCAGAGGAAGAAGGGCCUGGUGAGUGGUGGAGGGGGUUCGACAAGAACCGUCCGAUCGGGCCAGCUCCUGCUCCUGCUCCUGCCCAUCCAGGCCUCCAGAGCCCACACAAAGCCGACCAUGGACCCCUUCGGCCGGUUUGGUGGCUCCUCGCUGUACGAGGAGCCAGAGCUCUCGUACCAGUUGUCCGUUUCUUUAGACCCUCAGCUCUUCAAACCCAUCGAUGGCAUAGAAAUGUCCCCUGAGCGCCCCCUUGUGUCUCCAGAGCCACAGUACAUUACAGUACCACAAUACAACCCACAACCACUAUACAUCCCACGACCCCCAGUUGUGAGGAGCCCCAUUGAGGAGACCUGUCAGGAUGAAGUCUGUGCAGAGGAGGAGGAGGCAGAGGAGGAGGAGGUGGUAGUGGAGGAAGAGGAGGAGAGGAUCCCUCAUGUGCAGAUGACCCCUCUCCCGCCCACUCCCCCGGAGCCGCCCAAGUACUGCUGCGACGUGUGCGGGCGCUCGUUCCCCAGCGGUGGCGGACUCAAGCGCCACUCCCGCACUCACACGGGGGAGCGGCCCUUUGUCUGCUCAAUCUGCGGCCGCGGCUUCAACCAGAUCGGCAACCUCAAAACACACUACAAAGUCCAUCUGGGUAAAAAAGCCUCCGUAGAUUUUGGCAGCGUGAGUGCUAUCAUGAACAUGUCUGCGCUCCCGAAGCCCUCCCCGCCCGAACCCAAGCCCCCGCACAACCCCUCCACCCUGGACGCCGAGAUCUUCUUCUGCCGCCGCUGUUCUAUCGAGUUUGAGGAGAAGGACCAACUGGAGGCGCACAUGAGGAUCCACAUUAAGCCCAAGCCCUACUCUUGCCCCGACUGCGGCAAGAAGUUCAUUACGGAAAAGUACGUGGCAGUGCACCGGAGGAUCCACACGGGGGAGCGGCCGUACCAGUGCUCAGAGUGUGACCACGCCUUCACCACCAUGAACAACCUGAAGACCCACAUGACUCUGCACACAGGGGAGAGGCCCUUCAGCUGCUCCUUCUGUGACAAGAGCUUUCGGGUGAAGACCCACCUGAACAAGCACUACGAGGUUCACCUGAAGACGCGACCGUACAUCUGCUCCGUGUGUGGGAAGGCCUACACCCGCGCAGAAGGGCUGACGGAGCACUUCAGGCUGCACACUGGAGAGAGACCCUACGUGUGCGCCCAGUGUGGAAAGAGCUUCAGCUACCGCCAGGGUCUGCUGCAACACAACCGCACCCACGCAGGGAAACGCAUGGGCCCACAUCGCCAGCUGGGCCGACCGAAGGAGCAGCCCAGCCCUGACCGAAGUGGAAAGAUGGGUUCUGAAAAUCCAGAUGAGCAUGGGCCGACGAUCGACCUGGGUCAAGACGAGCUACACGUUGGAGGUUUAAUCAAUUCAGAUGGAGAAGAGAUGGACUUUUCUGAGCCAAAAGAUGGCAGUGAGUCCAUGUUUGGACAGGGGCAGGAUGAGCGGCCACAGUCUGACACCCUCUGCCCUGUGUGUGGGAAAGACUUCCAGUAUGCGUCCAAACUGCAGCGGCACCUCCGCACGCACUCCGGAGAGCGGCCCUUCCCCUGCUCCUACUGCGGCAAACCUUUCACGGAGAAGGGCCUGCUCAUGGUGCACGAGCGUCUGCACACGGGAGAGAAGCCUUUCCCCUGCAGCUUCUGUGACAAGAGGUUCACCAGUCAGGGGGAGAUGAAGCUCCAUGAGCGCACCCACACAGGGGAGCGGCCCUACAGCUGCCGCCUUUGCGUCAAGAGCUUCUCCAGGCACUGGCACCUGAAGAGCCACCUGGAGGCCAUGCACGCCCACGUGGUGGAAGGCUUCAUCCGCAAGAAGUUUCCUUGCUCCCAGUGCGAGAAGAGCUGUAACUCUGCGGCCGAGCUCCGGGACCACCAGAGGACCCACACCGGGGAGCGGCCAUACCAGUGCUCCUUCUGUGACAAGGCCUUCGCGUUGGCAGGCACCCUGGUUCGACACGAGCGUCUACACACAGGCAUCACGCCAUACCACUGCACAGAGUGUGGGAAGACCUUCUCUCAGCAAUGGACCCUCACCACCCACAUGCGCACUCACAAUGGGGACCGUCCCUACAAGUGCUCCCACUGCGACAAGUCCUUCGUGACCCCCGGAGAGCUGCGCAGACACAGCCACAUCCACUCCGACGAUCGCCCCCACGAGUGCCCCGAGUGUGGGAGGCACUUCAAACUGGCACAGACCCUCCGCAACCAUAUCAGGACCUGUCACCGCAAGCCUGGCCAGGAGAGUGCUCAGGAAAGGGGGCACAACUCAGGGCGGGUCACCACAACUGAAGGUCCUACUGCUGACCGCAAAAUGGUUAACCAGCGUACAUCUAACCGGGCUCCAUUUAACCGGCCUGCAGAUGUCCAUUCUACUGCUACUGACCAGCCGGUCCACCGUCCAAGGGUUCCACAGACCCCCUCCCCAGCAGCAGCCCCCCCUCGCCACGCUGACCCCCAGAGUGAGGCGGAGUCCCUGGAGCACCUGGACCACAGCUCUAGUCCUGUCAGUGUGGUGGUGAAGGAGGAGGAGGAGGAGACACCUCUCUGUGCUGUAGGAGCGUCCAGGAGGGAGCAGCAGCCCCAGAGGGACAGUCCACAUGAAGCCGUGAGAAAGCCUCCAAAGAAACGCAAAGUCAAGGUCCGAGUGAAGAAGGAGGAGAAGGAGGAGGAGGAGCCCAUGAACUUGUCCAUGAUGAACUCUGCUAAAGUGAAAAGGGGGAAGUGCCCGGGCAUGCCCUCAAAGCAGGAGGAGCUGGAUGACCCGUCCAAGAGCCCGUUCUGCUGUGGUCUGUGUGGGCGAGACUGUCGGAAGAUGUCCGCUCUGCAAGUGCACAUGCGCAUCCACUCAGGAGAGAAGCCCUACUGCUGCUCCUACUGCGGGAAACAGUUCACCCAGAGAGGCCAGCUCACCGGGCACCUCAAGAUCCACACAGGGGAGCGGCCUUUCACCUGCCCCGACUGUGGAAAGAGCUUUGCCCACUCUGGAGCCAUGAACCGACACCGACUCACCCACACUGGAGAGAGGCCCUACCACUGCCAAGUGUGCCCACGCACCUUCAACCAGUCCGGCCGCCUGCGCGAACAUGAGAAGAUCCACAGCGGAGAGAAGUUUGACUGCCCGCAGUGUGGUAAGACAUUCACCCGCGCGUCCAGCCUGAAGAACCAUGUGCGUCUGCACACGGGUGAGCGGCCCUACAUGUGUGACCUGUGUGGGAUGGGCUUCACCCGCUCCCAGAGCCUCCGCCUGCAUCGCCGCAAGCAUCUGGGCCUCCAACCCAAAGAGGAGCCCGGAGAGCCCGACGAGCUGGAUGAGAGCAUGUUUGAUGACUUCUACAGUGACCACAACUCUCCUAUUAACAUGUGUAUAGCUGACCAACAGGACUGUGUCAACGGGAAGGGCAGUGAUGAGCAGAAGGACCAGUGGUUAAUAGGACACAGACUGUUUGACCCAGCUUCUCCUCACACCUCUGACCUGAACCACACAUAACACUGGGGCUGGCCUCCUACAUUCCUUUACCUCUGCUCCGUGUUCUACUGUUCUUUACACCUGUCCUCUUUUGGACCUCUGCUCAAUCUUCUAUUUAUCUGUCCUCCUCUGGACCUCUGCUCCAUCCUCUACCCUCCUGUCCUCCUCUGGACGUCUGCUCUGUCUUCUACCAUCUGUCCUCCUCUGUACCUCUGUUCUUUCUUCUUCACAUCUGUCCUCCUCUGUACCUGUUCGUUCUUCUUCACAUCUGUCGUCCUCUGUACCUCUGCUUUACCUUCUACCCUCCUGUCCUCCUCUGGACCUCUGCUUUACCUUCUACACAUCUGUCCUCCUCUGGACCUCUGCUUUACCUUCUACACAUCUGUCCUCCUCUGGACCUCUGCUUUACCUUCUACACAUCUGUCCUCCUCUGGACCUCUGCUCCGCCUUCUACAUCCCUGUCCUCUGGACCAAAAGACCAGGCUGUGCACAGUGCGCUCAUCACUACCUAAAACUAUAUUUAUUUGGUGCACAUGUGUAUACAGCAGGUUCUUCCUGGUCCCCUCCUCUUGCUGUGGAUGAUGGAUGGAUCCUCUGUGCUUUCUCUCAGUCCAGAUUCACACGGAGCACCCAGGGCCCAUGUGGCCCUGUAGUUUAUAUUUGGGCCCUAGAGGCAAUGUCAUUGUGCUACUUUACCUCUGGUGUUCACAGCACAUCUACUGGCCUGGUUGACACACUACAAAUGUAGUAACAUUCUUUUUUACUUUACUCAGCACAGCAUUAAUGGCUGUAACAGGAACAGGACACAACUUAGUUUUUCUACUAAACUGCAGGUUCAAAGCAGUGUUCUGGUGCAUAAGCCAAUGUGUGGGCCUUACCACCUCCUCUUCAUGCUUGUUUCACAUGGUUUAGCUCUCCAGUCGUGAGGUUUAAGCCUUAGGUUCAUGCAGUAUAUGACUAUGGCAGGUGAGACUCCUUUUUUCAGUCUGAUCAGAACAAGACAAGAACAAUCUACCUGAAAUCACUUUGACCAAUCAGUAUUUAGUCCCAGCAGAGUUUUUGUUGACGAUUCCGUUCACCUUUACAUGUAUAUAUGUAUUCAGUGAUUAGAAUGAUGAUUAUGGGGCUUGUGAUGUCUGUGGAAGUCAUUUGUUUUCAUGUGUAAAAAUACUGUAAACAACACUCACUUUCAAUAAGUGCAAUUGAUAUUCGGGCUUUAAAGCGAGACUUUAGCAGACUGUUACAGUUAGCCAAAAUGUACAGUGUGAAAUGUCUUAAUAAUCAAUGUGUCUUGUGUUGGACCCCUCCUGAUGUAGAGCAGACCUGCUGCCUCUAAACGUGUACGUUUAUAUCCAAAGCUCUCCAGUAACCAUUUCAA